AUGUCAAACAGCGCUCCCCCAGUUAUAUCUCCUCCCUAUCUCCCUGGAGAUCACGCACAAUGGACUACCAACGGCAAUUACUUAUACGUCAUAGUACAAUCGACCCGAAUGGAAGGUACUCACGGGUUUGAGUACAUGGUUAGGCCUCCUCAACACUCGACUAGUGAUAGGGUGAUGAGCAGGGCUAGGGAGGAAGAUUUGAGGGUUUUUGCUAGGGUCACAUUAUCGAUAGGAGGAUAA